GUCUACCAAAGGCCACUCAGCCAGUCAGUCAACUGCAAGCGCGCGACUGUCUUGAACGCAAUUUUAUUUCACGAACGAAACGCAACUGAUACGAUCAUCAGCUGUUACGGUUUUGUUGUGCUAUUGUUUUGAAUAGUGUCAAAAGUUAAAAUUGCUGCAGCUUAAUUGGACUAUAUUUUUAAAAACUAAAUUGGAUAAGUUGGCGACAUGUUGGUGUUUGAGCAGAGCCCUGCAAAUCACCAUCAAAAGGAAGUUCUGUCUUCUAAACCCAGUCAACAUUUAGUUAAAGUAUCUUCCCGAAAUGGACCAUUAACAUCAAAGGCUUCAUUAACGUACUUAAAGUCUGUUCAUAGUAACAAAGACUACUCUUCGUCAGAAUAUGGGUCAUCGCAUUUACAUCAUACAAGCAGUUCAUCGAAUAAGCUUAUGAGCACUUCUUGCCAUAACGGCGUCUCCAGGACUUCAUUAAUCCACACAGAUUUGCCAUUACUAGAGACAAGUAAAUCGUCUUCCAAAGUGAAUUUGAACCAUUACCAGAGUAAGACAGCCACCACGCCAAUGUCUCCCAUGGUGGAUACUUUUCCGGCUAUCAACAACAAUUCUACGCGCAGUUCGCACGAACUUAGCAAUAACAAUAAAGAGGAAAACGGUUUCCCUAUGACGCCACCAGAGGCAUUACGUAUAUAUGGAAAUCGACUAUCUGACUACGAAAAGACUGAGAUAGAAAAAUUUUCGAAAAUUUGGUAUCUGGGACUAUCUGCUUGUAAAAUACAUGGUGAACACGGAGGAAGCCAAAAUGGAGGAUUCGACGAUGAUAGUGGAAGUUAUAACAAAGUAUUGCAUGAUCAUAUUGGAUACCGCUAUGAAAUUCUCGAAGUAAUCGGCAAAGGCAGUUUCGGUCAAGUAAUUAGAGCAUUGGAUCACAUGACCAAUAAACACGUGGCUAUCAAGAUAAUAAGAAACAAGAAAAGAUUCCACCAUCAAGCCCUUGUGGAAGUUCGAAUUUUAGAUCAUUUGAGGAAAAAGGACAAGGAAUGCAAUCACAACGUCAUCCAUAUGUUGGAAUAUUUUUACUUCAGAAAUCAUUUGUGUAUCAGCUUCGAGUUGCUCAGUCUUAACCUAUACGAAUUAAUAAAGAAAAACAAUUACCAAGGAUUUAGUCUGAAUUUAAUUAGAAGAUUCGCCAACUCGCUCCUUAAAUGCCUAAGGUUGUUGCAGAAAGAAAAUAUCAUCCAUUGUGAUCUUAAACCGGAAAACGUUUUAUUGAAACAACGAGGGAGCAGCUCCAUUAAAGUUAUAGAUUUCGGAAGCUCCUGUUAUUCGAACCAAAGGGUCUAUACUUAUAUACAAUCCAGAUUCUAUAGAUCGCCAGAAGUUAUUCUGGGAUUAACAUACGGUACUGCCAUUGAUAUGUGGAGUUUAGGUUGCAUUCUAGCUGAACUCUACACAGGAUAUCCAUUAUUUCCUGGAGAAAAUGAAAUCGAACAACUGGCCUGUCUGAUGGAAGUUUUAGGACCACCACCCGACGAUCUAAUCUACGUUGCUACAAGAAGAAGACUAUUUUUUGAUUCUCGUGGAAAUCCACGUUGUACAACAAAUUCCAAAGGCAGGAAACGAAAGCCCGGUUCGAAAAACUUGGCAAUGGUUUUGAGAUGUAACGAUCCGAUGUUCAUCGAUUUAAUAUCCAAAUGUCUAGAAUGGAACCCCAAGAAGCGUUUGGCUCCUGACGAAGCUUUGCGCCACCCUUGGGUCACCGCGGGAUCUCAUACGUCAAAAUCCGGAGAAUUGCGUCACAGUCACUCAGAAGUGAACGUCUCGCACGACAGUCAUUCUUCGAGCAGUACUUCCGGCAGUAGCCAUUCGAGAAGUCACUAUAAAUGCGUUGUUCAAAAAGGUGAUAAAGUCAAGGCCAAAAUAGUAGAAACUAGAUUACAUGAUAGCGUCACCAAACUGGAUUCGAAUUUGAACGACUCCGGUACAUUUCUUCCACCUAUACUUUAGUUGAUAUCAUUGACAAGAUUUUAUAAAUUAAGGGGAAAUAUGUAGGUUUACUGUGUGUUAGUUGAAGAGAGAUUUUUUUUAAAUUGAUAUUUCAAACGAUGUACUAAACGAUAUGUUAUUCUUAAUUAUUAUGGACCAAAUCGCUAAAAAAGCGUACUAAUAUCAUGAUUUCGUAAAUACAGAAUAAUAAAAAAUAUCUGAAGUUAUUCCAAGUAGAAGAUAACGGAAAAUAACAGAUUAUUUCAUUGAAGAAAUCACAUUAUGAAUACCAAACUAUCCAACAUGAAAUACUCGCUUAAUUUUUCUUUGUAGAUAGAUAUGAUUUUGUAAAUAUAUCUGUUCACUGAUUUGAUGAAACAUAUUUAAUAAAAUAUAAUUCAACAAAUGAGUCUAAUCGUCACUCAACGUAUGUUUCAUUGUGCAUCUUUUACGUCAAUAAAGAUGACACCAAAACUUGCUUUCCGUUCGGAAGGUACAAUUUUUUAUCGUCAUCGAAACAGUGGAUGUAUCGACGUAAUAGUAUAUGUUUCUUAAGCACAUUUGAAAAAAACAUUAGUGGUUAUAAGUCACAAAUCGCAAGGACAAUGUUGAUCUCAAGCUUUCAAUUUUAUCAGCUUAAACCAAUGACCCUACGUGGCCUCAUAGGAAAUAAUCGAGAAGUGUGAAAUCUCACGGCCUUGGAAACCAAUAGACAAGUUCAUUCCCCGAAACCAACUAAUUGCCAAAUUUUAAUUUCAAUAAGUCGGUUUCAAACAGAAAAUUAAUUGAUCAGGUUCUGAUAACGAUUUCCAUCGUUUUAUUUUUGAAGAAAUAAAGUUCAAUACAAGUUUGUGAACAGCAUCAAACGGUGAAUUUUUCUGAAUAUAACAUGGGUUUAUAGGGUUUAUGGUAAUUUGCUGUUAUUUCUUCAUUAACAAACCCGUUGAGCUAAAAAUGAGCCUCAUGGUUCUAAUUCCUGUUAUAGAAAUGCAAACCAAGGAAAAAAAGGCCUCAAGUCCUGUAACCAACGACGAAUAAUAAUAAGUUUGAGCCUUCAUGUUGUCGUUUACGUUAUUCUCUUCAGUACUCACAUUCCUUCGACUUGUUAUUGCAUAAUUUAGAGAGUAUGUGAUAUAAAUUAUAUCCACAACUCGAAAAUUAAAGAUUUAGCAGCAUCAUUUAAUGGUCAAUAUGCAAGAGUAAGUUACAUGAAGAUUAAGUUUUUCUAGACCCCACUGUAAUUGUUUGUUACUUGAUUGUUCAGUUAAGGAAACGCUCAUGGAGCAAAAUAACAUGUGGGAUAAAUGGUUCUGAUGUGAACCACAUUUUCAAGUAUUUUAACACUUUGACUGCCGACGUGGAUUUCGAAAUCGACCAUCAGAGCCAAAACUUUUUUCUGUUUAUAAUUAUACUGUACAACGAUUUACUUUGUUUAGUAUGCUUUUUUGAAUAUUAUAUAAUUUCGAAAAGAAAAUAGAUUUUAAUGUAUUCUCGAAGAAAAUGAACGAAAUAAUUGUAUAUUUUUCAUAAAACUGAUUUUUUUGCCGCAACUAAAUAACGCAAAGUUUGCUUGCUUUGUGUAACUUGGUCUGACGUAGAUAAUAAAGUAUUUAUAUACUUGAAUAUAUGUAUAUAUUCAGGUAUACACAUGGAAGUCAAAGUGUUACUUGUAAAUGUCUAUUCACAAUCCAGAAUACAUAUUACAAAUAAAACGUAAAAUAAAAUUCUUAACUUACAUGUUACAUGAAAACCCUACUGUAGUCUUAUAAAACCAGCCUUACAACACAGUUCAAACAAUAUAAGCUUUACCAUACGAAAAUUUUAGUCCUUACUCGACAAUAUCAUAAAAUGAUUUUGUUUACACUAACGAUAUGAUCCUGGCAAUUUAUCUUUUGCAUUUCUAUCCUACUGUAGAGGAUUAUUGUAAUAGUGAAACUAUUUUCCUAAAUGAUAAUCAAAUUGGUCUGGAUCAUCGAUUAAUGACAUUUGUAACCAAUACAUUGCUAUUCAGGUAUCGUCGUAAAUAUCUAUUUGAUAUUCUAUUUCAUCUCUGGACUAAUUUAGCGUAUGAAAAUCAUUUUGAAAACAAUUCAUUCGAAAAUGAAAUGAAAAUAUAUCCAGUUGAUAUUCAUAUACACGUGUGUGUGCAUCUUUUUAUACCUAACACCGUUUUCUAGUUAGUGAUAGACAUCAGCUGAAAAGGAAAAUUGUUGUGACUGAUUUAGCCUAAAUAUUAUAUAUCGUAGAAAUUGUUGGCCAAAAUAAAAUAUCUACUAGUUUAUCUUUAGUUAGAGUAAAUAUAUCAGUACUCUUUUUAAGUACUUUCAGCUAGGUUAUAAAUAUGUUUUGUCAUUUUGCUAUCGAAUUUCAAUAUUAACUGUGAUUAUUAAAUAAAAAGUAGCUUCAAAAUUUUAUAAAAAAUGAGUUGAGAUGUUUUUAAAGUUUAUCGAAUAGUUUGGUUCCAACUAGAGAAAAAUAUCGAAAAUAAAAACAAACAAUAAAAAAAUAGACCGAGAAAAAGUACUUAGCCGAAAAUGUACAAGUACAUAAAUAAAUACUGAAGUCAAAUUUUAAUAAUUUAAAAUAAUAUUUCACUAAUAAAUGAAUUUUUGUUGAGUUUUAAAGGACAAGAAAAAGAGCUCCAAAAAGAAAUAGGUUCCGAUCAGAUUCUGACAAGCUUUGGUAGUUUCUAAUUUUGGUUAAACUAUAUUUCAAUCUACUGUCAUGUAAACAAGAAGAUAUUCAUCGAUUCCAAAAACUUUGAGAUUCUAAAGGUGUCCAUUCAGGCAGCAAUGCCCUAAAACAACCUGACUAAUGCAUUCUUCCGGUAUCUUCUAUCCAUAGAUCAUCCAAUCUUUGUUUGUUUCUUUUUUAUUAAUUCCUUUAAAUAUUCUGGUGAUGAUGAUACCACAGAGCUCUGAAACCCAGUAGGGUGUUUGAACUUCUUUUUGGUAUCCAAAACAGAACAGCAGUUACUAUUGUCUACCCUCUUUAUUUUUUAUAGAUAUUGAACUGGACGUAGCUUUCAAUUGCAUAGUUUCUGCUUGGAAUGUACUUGGGGUUUCUUUCAAGUUCUCAAAGUAAUUUCUUUUGCAGUUAAUUUUUUUUCUUUUCCGGUCAAAUAAUGCUGUUUUGAUACCACUCUUUUCUGUUACUGUAUACUAUACAUGGAUUCUGAUAUUAUCCUCACUGAAUCCUGUUAAUUUCCUUAGAGGAGGGUUACUUUUUUCUCAAGAAUUCCCUUUCUAUUCAGUCUAUUUCAUAUUCUUUCUGAUCCACUUUCAACCACUAUUUACAGUGAGUUGGUUUUUAUACAACAACCAAACAUUACUCAAUGUUGCUAGAAUGUUUCUUCAAUAUUUUUUUACAUAUUAAAUAUAAAUGUGGAUCAUCUUAAUCCCUAAUUAACUAAUUGAUGACUAAUAGAUAAUAGAUUCAAGUCAAAUUUAAUUUGGGAUGAUCAAAAAUUUCGGUAUUUUUCUGCUAGUUCCUUUUGCAGCUUAAGAAUAUUGUAUAACCCUGUUACUUGAUUAAAUUUUGGAAAUUGAAUUAUUAACUUGAUGAAUGCUAUUCAAAUAUGUCACCAAAGUAAGAAUUCACGAGGCAAGUCACAAUAUUAUUCACGGACUGCGAGAUUUUUUGGAAAUAUCUGUAAAUACUAAAAUUUCUACGUAGAAAUAGUUAAAAAUAUGAAUAUAUUUAAAUCCUCAAAUAUAAAAUAUAUACUUCUGUCUAGAAAAUCAAAUGAAUUGAAUGGAAUAAAAAACCUGAAAAACAAAUAUGAACAAUACAUUUAUCAAAUUGAAUGGAUACAUUAAAAUGAGACUGAAAAAUAAUUAUAGAGACAUCAAUUGGCUAAACUAUGUUUAUAAGCAAUAAUUUAACAGCAAUAAUUAAUAAAAAUGAGUUUUCACUGUCAGCAUUUUUCCAUUCUCUCCAAAUUAUAAAACCAUAACGUGUGUCUACUUUAGUUUUUAAAACAUUGUUUUUCCUUUGAAAUCGUACAAGCAAUGUGAAAUGAUCAAAAGCAGUUUCUUAGAAAAACUACUAAUAAAAUAAAUAAAUAAAAACUAAUACAACAAAAAUAUAGAAAAUACUACUGAAAAACGUUGAUUGAUAAAAUAGAGUUGGAUGCGUUGCAUAUCGAAAGUUGUUGUUCAUUUUUUGAUUGUUUAAAAUUGUUAAUUUUAUACUAGAUUUGGAAUUUUGCAAACUUAGAUCUUAUUUUCACUUACUGUUGGAUGAAUGCGUACAAGUGCUAAAAAUCGAAUAGAUAUCAUUUAAACCGUACAUUUGGCAACAUAGUCACGUUAGGUAGUACACAAAAAGUUCGAAAAACUUUAUUGGUUACACAUUGAUUAAACAUUAAUUGAAAAAAAGACCAAAUGUAGUGAUUGAAAUGCAAUAAAAGUUUUGUUUAAUACCAACUGAAAUUCAGUCUUUAGCUAAGUCCUUUCGGUUUCCUGGACGAAAUCUACAUUUGUGCGGCUCUCCCGAUUGGUAUACCUUAAGGUAUAUCUCAUCAUAUUCAUGUUAAUACUUUGUACAAAUUUCCAGUCUAAUGAAAAUCCAAUUUCACUUAUUACUUACCAUCAUAUACUGUAUUUUAAAAACAAAAUGUAGGAUUGAAACAGUUCUACAGCAGUAGUGAGCAUUAUUUUUGAAAAUUUGAUAAAACUAAUGAAAAUUCAUGGACCUUAAGUUAGGUAUUUAUGGUGACUUGAUAAAAGACAACAAUCAACUUACUUUGGAAUCAUAUUUGCAUUUAUCCAAGUGUUGUUAAAUAAUAUUUGAGUAAAGAUUAUAAAAGCUUCAUUAGCAACUAUAUUUACUAACUUUUGAUUGUUAAUUAGCUUUUUUGCAGUCGCAAAUUAGAUUUAAAUGCUUGCCAAAAAGGUUAAUAUUUAACAAUGAGCUUGAAUACCCAGUAAAUAAUGGAUUUGGUUUUGUGCAUAUGAAAUUAAAUGUGUAGUGUUGGAUGAUAUGACUGUUUUUAUUCAAACCUACAUGUUCAUUAGUAAUAGGUCUUUAUUAUUAAACAAAUUUUUAUUUAUAUAUCAUAACUUUUUUAUACCUAGAAAUAUUUUUAGCAUGUACAUUUUUUCCAAACUUUAUUUAGUAGAAUAGUUUAAACAAUGUGUAUUACUGUUCAUUUACCAAAAUUGAGGGUGUGGAAAAGGAAAUAAGUUGUAUCAUAUUCUGGUUUUACAGAAAUAAUGAAAAAACUAAUCAUUUCUCUAACCAAAAACACCCUGAAUAUUGGUACACUUAACAAGAUGUAAAUCCCAAUGUGAUAUAUAUUGAUAAUAUUAUAAAAGUUUAAUAGAUAUUUAGCUCCCUGGUCUAGAAUUAUAGGCACUCAAAAUUUGUGGAUGAGCGGGAAUAUUUCCUAAAAUAAUGAUUGAAUAAUUUGUUAAAUACUUUUUUGUAGCCUGAUUUCAAUAACUUCAAUUUGAAAUCCAAAAGGUAUUGCAUUAUACAAACAAACAAUAUUAUCAAAUCAUCUUUUUCUCUUAAAAUAUGUUUUGAUGUAUAAGACGAUUUUUAUUUAAAGUAGAAAGGCUAUAAAUUAAAGUAUAACUUAAUCUUAUCCAUUCACUUUUUUUGUUCUUUUCACAGAGUGAUGAUAAUUUUGAAAAAUACAAAUAAAUUUUUUUUAACAACACAACUACUUUUCUAUUAACUUCAUUUUAAACCCAUAUUAUCUUUUAUUCGCCUAAAAUGAUACCUGCUGAAGUGAUUCACAAAUAAAUUUGAAUAGUGUAGUAUUUAUAGAAGAUGACAAAAAUACCCCCUAGCAAACAAAAUGCCACAUACAUUGAGCAUUUAAAACAACAGAAACAACAAUUUAGAGAGAAAAAUGUGAACAAAUCAGAAAUAUAUCAAGUAGUAGGAGAAAGGAAACAUGAAAAAUAUGGAAUCGUAUGAAGGAUUUUACGAGAGAAACCGACAAAAAGAUCCUUCUCACCAGUAGCUCAACAGUAUAACAACAACAUUAUUGUAAAGCUAAUGAAUAUUCUUAGAUGAAUCUCUUCUUCUUUUUGAAUGAUUUUCUUAUAAUGUCGUUCUGGAGUGUUAUUGUCCAUCAUGUAGUCAGUCUCUUCUUAUCGAUCAUAAUGAAAUACAUUGUGUUACUUUUCUUAUUAUAUCUCUGAUCUUGUGACCAGUAUGAGUCUUUGUACUUUGGAAGCUGUUCCGACUAAGGAAGACAGAAUGACAACGUUUUCUCUAUCCUCCGAUGUUUCAGCUCGGUUCUGUGCAUUCUCAAGCAUGCGCAGUAUAGAUAAAGUGUCUUGAACGAGAUGAAAAUUAAUAUUGUCGGCACUUUAACAUAGGGACGCUUUUCCCAUACCAACUGUCCAUAUACGAGCAUUAAAUAUAUGGUUGUAGCUCGUUUCAACUAAUUCUUCUUCUUUUUUAUUUAUUACUAUAUAUUUGGCUUGUUUAGCUUUUCACUUAAAUAUUGAAAAACCACAAUAAUAGCGACAAUAAUUCUUAAAUGAAUAUAUAAAAUUGUUAGAUCGUUACAACUUAUAAUAAUUAUAAAGAAAAUAAAUAUUUCAUAGAUAUAGGAUUGUGGUUAAUGCUAAAAAUAGUACAAAAAGAACUGGUAUAUUGCAUUUUCAUUGUUUAAUUUAUCACAAUUUUUGUCACAUUAUCACUUUUUUCUAAUACUCUAAUUUAAAUUAUCUCUAAAAAUGUGUACUGUUAAUACUAAUAUUUUCAGUAAAUCUAUCACAAACAGCGUUCAUAUUAUUGUUCAAAAAUGCUCAAAAGAUUCCUAUUACUAUAUUAUUUAAAAAAUUACUAAAUAUUGUCUCGCUUAUCUCAACCUUUUGAAGUGCCGUCUUAAGUAAUAACAUAAUCAAAUUUAGAUUAUUUCUUAUUUUUACCACAAGAAAGCACUCUAACAAAAUUGAUAAUUAUUUUACACUAAUCAUAACACUUAUUCGUAAUUGAGUUUGCUUAACUAUUGUAAACUGUAAUAAAAAUAUUGUUGUAAAUUGUUAAAUAAGACUGAAAGUAUAC